AUGGCCGGGGACACCCACCAAAAGCCCCAAUCUUCAGAUGCACCAAUUGGGGGAUCCGGCCCCCAGCCAGCGCCGGAAUCUUCUGCGUCGACUCCAGCGGGACCUCCGCCCGGGACAGCUCCAGAGGCGACCGAACCUAGGGGUCCGGAGCCAGAGGCCACCUCCCCGCCACGACCCGAAGCCGCCCCCCAGGAGGAGGCCGCCAGACCCGCUGCGACGACUGAGGCGCCGGCAGCAGCACUGGGCGUCGAGGCCGGGCCCUCACCAGCCGAGCCAGCAGCAGAGGGGGCCGCUGCCACGGCGGAGGCUGCAGUGCCAGAGGCAGCAGAGGCGGCGGAGAUCGCGGCUCCGAAGACAGCGGAGGCGGCGGCACCAGGUGCAGCGGAGGCGGCGGCACCGGGGGUCCGCCUGGGCGACCGCAUCAACUUCGUCUCCGCCCGCUACGCCGAGGAGCGCUCCAAGCUCGUGUUGGGGCGCGAGCUCCUGCGGGAGGAGCUGGAGCAGGCUCGCGACCGGGAGGCGGCCGCGUUCCAGCGGGAGAAGGCGGCCACACGGCGGAAGGCGCAGGCCCUCGAGCGAGAGAUCGCGGCGGAGAAGAAGGUGCAGGCGGCGGCGGACAAGGAGAGGACCGCCCGGGAGCUGGCCAGCCAGGCCAAGAAGUUAGUGGAGGUGACCAGGGCAGAGGAAGCCACCCUGGCAGAGCUGGCGGUGGCUGCAGCAAAGAGGGAAGAAAGGCUCGCUGCCCGCAAAGCGUAG